UUAUUAUGCCAUUGGCGUAGUAGGGGGUUCGUGGGUGCCAUACAUUAAGUACAGCAAUACUUUUAGACUGAAAUAUAUAGGGCAAAAUAUUUUGUCUAAGCAGUUAACUUAUGCGUAAUACUGGAAGCACUCAUGUGGAGUUUCGUAUGAAAUAUUAUUAUUUUACGUUAAAUGUGUGCGCUAACAGGCUAGUGCGUUGUUUGUUUUCGGUCAUCUGACGCUGUUUAAACAUUUUUAACUACGAACUUCAGCUAGCAAGUUCAUUUUCUUUUCUCGCCUGCCAGCAAACUCUUUUGGCAAUACAAACAAUUAUAGUAGUUUGCGAUCGCUGAAGUGAAACCUGUCAUAUAUUGGAAACUUUUGAAGCAGCUAGCUAGCGAGAAGACUGUAAUGGGAAGAAGAAUCAACGUCUGCAAGUUGGGCUAGCUUUCUAACUUCGCUAAGAUCUUUAUGUAAGUUCUCGUCUAUAUCUUGGACUUGGCAGUGAUGGAUUGCACAUUACACUUUUGACUUCACUGUGACUUGCAAUGGGACUUAACGAGGCCUAUCGACCCUUUAAACGGAUUUUCUUAGGUAAAGACAUACUACCAGGCUUGUCUUACACCACCACCGCCUCCUGUCUGUCAAAGAUGUGAAAGGUCUACUGCGGAGUCCUCCACCACGAACGGCAUCUGCAGCAUCAGUAGACAUGGAUCGGAACAAGCGUAACUCCAUAGCCAGCUUCCCGACGCGGGCUGACCGCCCGGAGGAGCUGGACGUGGGGGUGGGUGGGGUGGAGACGGGCCAGCUGGACCGAGUGUGCCCCUCAUCCUACCGCGCCCUCAUCAGUGCCUUCUCACGCCUGACCCGUCUGGAUGACUUCAUCUGCGAAUGGAUCGGUUCUGGCUUCUUCUCAGAAGUCUACAAGGUACGUCACCGCGCUUCGGACCAGGUUAUGGCUCUGAAGAUGAACAAGCUGAGCAGUAACAGGGCCAACAUGCUGCGUGAGGUGCAGCUGAUGAACCGACUCUCCCACCCCAACAUCCUCAGAUUCAUGGGUGUCUGUGUCCAGGAAGGUCAACUCCAUGCCCUGACAGAGUACAUAAACGGUGGCAACCUGGAGCAACUGCUGGACAGCAACAAGUACCUGAGCUGGACAACUCGGGUGAAGCUGGCUUGUGAGAUCGCCAUGGGCCUGGGCUACCUGCACUCCAAGGGCAUCUUCCACAGGGAUCUGACGUCUAAGAACUGCUUGAUAAAGUCCGAUGAGAAUGGCUACUCUGCAGUUGUUGGAGACUUUGGCCUUGCUGAGAAGAUCCCCAGUGAUGAUGUUGAAGGGGAGAAGCUUGCUGUGGUGGGAUCUCCAUUUUGGAUGGCACCAGAAGUGCUGCGAGAUGAGCCAUACAAUGAGAAGGCAGACGUCUUCUCCUAUGGUAUAGUCCUCUGUGAGGUUAUAGCACGCAUACAGGCCGACCCAGACUUCCUGCCUCGCACAGAGAACUUUGGCCUUGACUACCAUGCCUUUCAGCACAUGGUGGGAGACUGCCCCCCCGACUUCCUCCAGCUGGCCUUCGACUGCUGCAAUAUGGACCCGAAGCUGCGGCCGUCCUUCCCGGACAUCGUGAAGCGGCUCGAGGAGAUGCUGGGCCACCUGCGCGUGGAGGAGGCCGAACAGGAGCGCAUCCACACCUCUGUAGAGGCCGACAAGACCAUCCCCAAAGGUCCAGGUGAUAAGCUACAAGGUAUGAAAAGGCUAAACCCGCUGGGCUUCCAGGAUGACAAGAUUCCUCCCAAGUCACCCCGUCCUCGGCGCAACAUUUGGCUGUCGCGCAGCCAAUCGGACGUGUUCUCCCGCAAGCCCGGCCGCAAAGUCAACGUGCAGGACCCAUAUUACAACCCUGGACCUAAGGGCACCGGACGGGGAGGAGCGCCCAAAAUUAACCCCUUCAGUGCCCGGGAAGACCUGAAGGGUGGCAAGAUCAAGUUCUUCGAUGUGCCCAGCAAGUCGGUCUUCUCGCUCAUGUUCAACCUGCACUCGCCUCAGGGCAGCCCGAGAGGUUCGCUCUCGCAGCAGCAACAGCAGCUCCUGCCCGGCGCCGUCUCCACGGGCAACCCCUGCGGCAUGGCGGCACUCUCUGUGCCCUGGCCGGAGCCUUGGCAGCUGCCCGGCCGGCAGUGCCGCUCGCUGCCCGUCUCGCCGCAGCUGCCCCUGUGCGAGGCCUUCUGCUCGGCGCCCACUGGCUCCAGCGCCCAACGGUCCGAGCAGGCCCAGCAGCCGGGCGCCGAGGCCAAGCAGAGGCCGCUGAGCAGCUGGGCCAAGAAGUACGGCGUGUCGGACAUCCCGCCCUUCCGGCCGCGGGCCGGGCGGGAAGAGGAGGCGGAGGCAGCGCGGAGCUGGCCGGACGGCGGGGAGGGAGGGAGUAACGGAGACGCCGAGGCCGAGGCCAUGGACUGCUCCAGCGGCCGGCCCAGCCCAGAGACGGACGAGGAGGCGGCGGCGCGCGGCGCCAGCAGCCUGCCCAACGGCAACGGGGCUUGCGAGGACAUGGAGGCGGAGGAUGACGAGGAACAGAUGAUGGGGCUGCCCGUCCUGCCCUCAGCGCCGGCCCUCACGCUCAGCGUGGCCGCGCAGCAUCAGGAGCUGCGCUCGGUCGUCCUCACACCCGGCAAGCCGCCGCUGGGGUCCUCAGACGUGAUCUCACGGUGCGACAUCUGACCACCCCGAGAAACAGGACUGAGCACCAGAGAACGAGAGUGAGGGCGCCUCCUGCUGUUUAAGAUAGGGAUAGUACUGCAGUCUUAAAAUGCAGAGAGAUUAUUUUCACACAAAUCAUGAGUAUUUAAUAUUUUGGAAGAAAAAAUACUUUGUGUAAAUAUGCGGCAAGAAAGAAAUUUAAGCUUGGACUUUUGGACUAAAGGAAUGGGGUCUGAGGAGAUAUGUGGAGAGCCAUUGUGUGAGGUCUGAGGUCCAGGUCAAAUAUCUUGACAUUUUCAGAAACCAGUUUAACCGUGUGAACUUUUCAACUCCAGACCGAUUGUUUGAAUGUAACAACACAUUUAACAUCCUAUAAAAGCACUCUCAAUGACUUAAUAUCUAACUCAGCAUUUUCAACAUUUGACACGUUAAGUUGCAUAACCCUAUCCUGCUCACUUACUACUGAGCAAUGGCUGUAACAGCUAGAAACACCUGUCCUAUAACAGCUCAGUGAAUAGCUAUUUAGCAUGUAGCUGUUCAGUUUCCUAGGGUGCUUAAGCACAUUGCGUCAUACAAGUCAUACAUUCCAGAGAUGGAUUUCAUUCAUGAGGACACGUCUCCUUCCCCAGUCCCAAUAAGCUUAAGAAAAUAUAUUGGUCUGAUUAUUUGUAUAAGGAUUAUCCAAUGGCACUCAGCACACUGCUGAUACACUGUACUGUGGGGGGACUGUUGACCUCGGCAUGGGAGAGCUUGACCAGUCCCCUGUCUGUUCACUCUCUGAGAAUGCCACAAGAGGACUUGUGCUAGACUGAGUCACACACACAGAGUUUUGUCAUGGCUGGGAUCUCUCACACAGGGUCACACUCUCUCCUUCAGGACCUGUAGUCACAUCUUCAGCUGUGUUCCGAUCUGUUCUGUAAUUACUUAAAAUUUUAACUUGCACUUGAAAAGAUAAAUGAUGGUGUAACUUUUUUUUCCCUGUCUUUUUUUGUUGUCACUACAUUUCUAUGCAAUGAAUAUAACAAGGCAGGCUAGUUCUAAAGAGAAUCUAUUUUGAUAUUUAAAAGAAAUGUCUUAAAUCUGUUUCUACAGAGUUUGUGGAAAGCAUGUUAUUAAUGCAGCUUGGUUAAAAUGGGGAUUUUGUCGAUGUAAAAAAUCUGUUUUGUUGGAUACUUAUACAGUGCUUCUUUUUGUCCUGACUGUUUUGUGUCAAUUUUUAACCGUAAUACAGAUGUAUAUUUUAACCAAAGACAGAUCAGGACAACGUUUUCCAUUCAUCUGGCUUUAAUUUUAUAAAUGUACACCAUUAUAAAACUUGUAUAUCCAAUUGUUACAAAUAAAACUCAACUUUAUAUGUAACUGCA